CAAAAAUUCAGGUCCGGUCGUUCGGCGGUGACUAGAGCGAGAAGGACUAAAUAAUAUUUACCUUUUCCUCACUCCAACCUUUGUUUUCCCUUUUUCACAUACCCUCUUCACACAUUCCCUCACACGAUGCCCUCAGCUCAAGAUCCCAUCGUUGCGGUGCCUGUCAACGGCGCCGUGAAUGGCACUACCAAUGGCACAAACGGCGACUCUCAUUCUCGGCCGCAUACGCCGAUGACCGGAAUGGCCUUGACAGAGUACAGCGCCAAUCCGUCUACACCGUCGGAAGAGAAGCGGGCGCGUAUUAAGGAGAUUGUGCCUGACGAGUAUCUCCUCCCUACAGGAUACCCAGAUUACCUUCGUCUUAUCGCCAGCGCCACAUCCCGAGUCUACGAGGCCUGCAAGGUCACUCCCCUCACACACGCCAUCAACCUCAGCAACCGACUCGAAUGCAAUGUCCUCCUCAAGCGUGAAGACGAGCAACCCGUAUUCAGCUUCAAGCUGCGCGGCGCUUACAACAAGAUGGCCCAUCUCGACCCAAAGAAGAGCUGGAAGGGUGUUGUGUGCUGUUCAGCCGGUAACCACGCUCAGGGCGUUGCUUUUUCGGCACGCAAGCUCAAGAUCCCUGCGACCAUUGUCAUGCCCGAAGCGACUCCUAGUAUCAAGCACUUGAAUGUUGCUCGUUUGGGCGGCCAUGUUGUGUUGCAUGGCGCUGAUUUCGAUGCGGCCAAGGAGGAGUGCGCGAGAAGAGAGGUGCAAGAUGGUCUUAUCAACAUCCCUCCCUUCGACGAUCCGUAUGUUAUCGCUGGUCAGGGAACCAUUGGAAACGAAUUGUUUGGCCAGGUCAACAUGGCCAAGGUGGAGGCCAUCUUCUGCGGUGUCGGCGGUGGUGGUCUCAUUGCCGGAAUUGGUCUGUAUGUCAAGCGCAUGGCUCCUCACGUCAAGAUUAUCGGCGUCGAGGCCCACGAUGCCAAUGCCAUGGCGCAGUCCUUGAAGGCGGGAGAGAGGGUAUUGCUCAAGGAGGUCGGCCUGUUUGCAGAUGGUGCUGCCGUCAAGAUUCCUGGCGAGGAGACAUUCCGCAUCUGCAAGGAGGUUAUCGACGACGUUGUUGAAGUCACGACCGACGAGAUCUGCGCCGCUAUCAAGGACAUGUACGACGACACCCGAUCUGGCCUCGAGCCCGCUGGAGCCCUCUCCAUCGCCGGUCUCAAGAAAUAUGUCUCCCAAAACCCCUCAAACGACUCGAAGCGAAACCUCAUUGCCAUCACAUCAGGCGCCAACAUGAACUUUGACCGUCUGAGAUUUGUCGCUGAGCGUGCCACCAUGGGUGAGGGUAAGGAGGCUUUGCUUGCCGUGCAGAUUCCCGAGCAGCCUGGAGCAUUCUCUGAGCUCAUCAACAACAUCAUGCCCCAUGCCGUUACCGAGUUCACCUACCGAUACUCGACAGACGAGGUCGCCAACAUCCUCAUCGGUGUGUCUCUGACCGCUCCCGCCCACCAGCGAUCAGAGGAACUCCGCUCUCUCAUGGACCGCAUUCAAUCCAAUAACAUGAACGUGACCGAUCUAUCACAAGAUGAACUCGCAAAGAGUCACAUUCGAUACCUCGUCGGUGGUCGAUCCGGCGUUCCCAAUGAGCGACUAUACAUGUUCACCUUCCCCGAGAGACCGGGAGCUCUCGAGAAGUUCCUCGUGACACUUCGACCCAAGUUCAACAUCAGCCUGUUCCAGUACCGUAACUACGGCGGUGACGUGGGCAAGAUUGUUACUGGCAUCUUGUGUCCUGACGACGAGGUUCCUGAGCUGGAGUCAUUUUUGCGCAAGAUCGGAUACCCCUAUGAAGACUGCACCAAUUCGCAGGUAUUCAAGACAUUCCUGCGAACUUAGAGCGAGUUGACGAGAAAGGCAUGCUGCAUAUCUGGGUCGUGUAACAUUCGGCGUUGGGUUCAUAAAAUGUGAUGUUUAGUUCUGUAAAAGGCGGAUGUUGUUAUUUGGGUCACAGAUUUAGCGAAUUUGAACGAAACGAAACGACGUAGACUGGAAUUUUGUUAUGUGCAUGGGACAUGCAAUAUAGAAAUGGACUGAAGAGCACAGCUGAGCUGAUUUGCCUGAAGCUGUAUUUCCGAGGUUGUUGUGAAUGUGCUGUGAUGCAUUAUACCGUGAAUUCGAGGGGAUUUCUACCGCAUCAUUGCCGCAACUGCUUCAGGGGCAUGCUCCUGUAUCUCCAGUCGAGGCCAUCGGUCAUCCCAGUGGCAAUCGGGGUAUCCUUUGAUGGGUACGCAGACCAUAUGCUCACCACUGUCGUUGUGAUGAUGCUCGUCUGUGCCGCUGGAGCAUUCAACCCUGGAACCUUGAUGUGCUGCAUUCUAUCUCCUCGCAAUGUUCAAUUUCCUCGUUCAUUAUAUCUUCGUUCGAACAAUUAUCAUCGCCAGCACAGCAAUGAGGCCACAUCGCAUCACUGUAACAAAUCCUCGUGGGGUUGAUGUAGGUUGUUACGUUGUCAAUUCCCAACCGGCAUUGACCAACAGCCCUCUGGGCCCCAUCCUCGUACCCAAAUAGCAUUCCUCUGCAUAGAUCAGUGGCUUUGCAAGUGAAUACAUCAAUCCGGGUGGUCCCUUGGAGAGGUAUCUGGGUUCGGAGAAGAACACAGCUGCAGCUGUGGGUUAUUGUUGAUGAUGUUGUGCGAGGGAAUAGACGUGUUGAUUUUGCGUUAGGUUUAGUUGACCUUGCUGCCACCGCGACAAGCAUGUGUUCACCGUCAGUAGGAGGUAAACCAUAUGCGAGAGACUCUGGUAUAAUGCCACAGCUAUAAUCCUUAAUGAGGACGAGAGCCAAGUCACGGGAAACAGGCCUGGGCUGAGGGCUGAUGACAGUAUCACCUGCAAGUUCAGUACGAAUCUUGGUGAAGUGAAAUCAUCUUCCAUGCCACUUGUCCGUAUACCUAAUCCGAUAAUCCGAUCAUUGGGUGCGAUGG